UUCAAAGAAUUAAAUUGGCAAUAGAAAUGAAGAUGAACAAUGUUGGUGGUGCAAGUCAUGAUGAGAGCUCAAAGAAGAAAAUGUCAAGUAGAAGACUUGGAAAGUUUCUUAAGGAGCAAAGAGGGAGGCUUUACAUAAUGAGAAGAUGUGUAGUCAUGCUUCUUUGUUGGCAUGAUUGAUAAUCCCAAAUAGAAAUAAUUGA